AUGUCUGCAUUAGAGAAUUUACAGAAUGGCUUCGAAGGCGUUUUAUUGGCUUUCAAACAGUUUAGUCAAGGAGCUGACACAAAAACACGCUGCGAUUUUCUUAUCCCCCCACUGCUAAGAUUGUUUGAUUUAUCAAGUGACAUUGAUACCAACAAAUACAUUGUCCAUUCGCUUUUAUACAAAGCAUGGCAACAAUCAUUAAUGACUACAGCUGAAGAUGAAUUAAAUUAUAAUGUCAUCCGUGCCAUUAAUAAUAUAGAUACAGAGCUUUACUUACAACUUGUCCAAGGCUUAAAAUUGGAAAAUGAAUUUAUUCAAACAUUGUAUGCAAUUCCACGACAGGUGAUUUUGAUGCUCAUUCAAGAAAUAGAACGUUGGGAUCCACAAUUCUGUUUGAGAAUUGCAUAUGAUCCAGCUUUAUAUAUAUUAAAUAGUCUUGACAUUAAGCAUCGAAAAGAAUUGCUGGCGAUCUUGGCUCGUUUGAUUAUAUCUAAUGCUACUUCAAUUACAGAGGAUCAUCAGCGACUUGAAUUAAUUAGAUCGACAGCCAAACAUAUAGAAAAUUAUUUGAGCCCUGUCUCACUUGAAAGCAUUUCUGACCAUGAGCUUAUUUCAAAAAGUAACGAAUAUAACGUCGUUGUAGAUUAUAUGUUUUCAACACCUUUCUAUUCUUAUCAAUCCGUGAGGCCAUCAUACAAAGUCCGACAACAAAUUGUUCGUAAUGUCUCCCGACAAGAAAGUCUUCGAAUAGACACUGUCCUACUUAUUGAAGAUUUGCUACUUAACCCAAUCUUAUCAACAGAUGAGGACACAUACUGUAUAUUUACUCUUUUGGCAAUUUUUGACUACAUAAUAUUUGUCGCGUGGUUCAACCAAGAUUUGAAAGAUCGUGUGAAGUCUUCGAUAUCGUUGAUUCUUCGCAAAACGGUUCUAAAGUUGAUAAAAUCAAAUUAUUUUACAAAGUUGAAGUCUGAACCCACCAGUGUUGAAAGAAAUGCACUUUCGAAUUUAUUUAAAUAUGCGAGUGAUAUCGAUUCUCAGCAACAACCUUUUAAACUUAAACCACGUUCAGACUUAGUUAUUAAACUGCAAGAAGAUAAAACUCGGCAUGUGAAUGUAAUCGAUCAUGUGAAGAAUUAUGAUUUAAAUCAAUUUGAGAUUUCGACUACAACGGCUAAAGAUAUUGACCUGAAUAAGCACGAAGAGGCAUUUGUCACAAUAUGUCGCACAGUCCGCGCAAAUCUUGCAUACGAUACAUCGUUUACCCUUCGAAUAACCAAUUCCAAGUUAUUUUCUGAAUUGAGUCCCUCUACAGGACGCCCUGUUAGAAAGGAUCUUGAAGAGUAUUGUCGAUGGGUACAAGAGAGCAUAUCUCUUGGUCUUCCUGGCUAUAUAUCCCUCUUAAAAUUGAUGAUUCAAUAUUUUGAUCUUUUCGUUGGAUUUGACUACAAUGUUGAGCAACUUGCAGUUAUGAUCCUUGAGCAUGGCCUAUGCACUGAGUUAUAUCAAAGUGUCAAGAGAAUUAUUAAAGUAUUUCUUCCCAAAGAGCACAAUAAAAUAGUUAGAGCUGUUAUUGUAUUGUUACUUAAGACAUUUGGUUUUAUGUCCCUACGUACAAGAAAUGUAUUUCGAGAUUUUGUACUUUCAGAUAGAUUGCCUACUUCUGCAAUCGCAUCGCCGACUUUCGAUUCCUGGACAAUCUGGCUUUUUGAUUUUGAACAACGACUUACCACGAUAUGUAAUCAAUUGGUCUCUUCGUUGGACCACAUCCCUACAAAAUCAACAGGAAACCAAACAUUGGGCCAAUUUGAUCCACUUAAAUUGCAAAUAAUAGAUUCACUAAUUUUGUUAUCUUUGAUAUCACCUUAUCACGUACUACACCGACUUGUGUGGGAGUCCAUUCAUAAUAAAGGACAAUGGCUGAUAAUUCUUGACAUCAUACGUGAUGUAAGAUCUAUUUGUUGGCUUCGUCAAACUCCAAAAUCACCCUCACUGUUCAUCAUUGUGCUUAAAGAUAUAUUGAGUCAAAUUGACGAUGGAUCCGUUGUUUUGACACAUCAGGAACAAAAGAAUUGGAAUGAAUUCGUAGUGCAUGCGAUGCUGGGCAAUACUACCAAGUCAGCUAUAGAGUAUACAUUAACAGAAAUUGGGGAGUGGGGUAAUAGCGAAAUCUUAAUCGAUAUCCCUGAAUACCUUGCUUAUUGCAUAUUGACAUAUUUGCAGAAUUCAUCUACAUCUCUUGGCAAAAAAACCACCUUAUAUUUGGCACUUUACACUCUUAAUUCAUUGUUGCUUCCUAGUGUAUCUACUCCUCGAUUCGACUUAUGUUGGUUUAUGAAAUCUGAGCCAUUUUCACUUUUACAUAGUCUUGCUCUAUUGUUUGAUCGACGUGAAACAAUUGUGAUUAGUAUGAAAACUGUGGAUAUUCUUUAUGCCUUACUAAAGGAAUUUAUGAGACUAUUAACUGAAUAUGUCACGUCAAUUCAAGACGAUUAUAAUCAAGAUGAAAAACCUUUUGUACCGGUUUUGUUAUCUUCUUUUUGUGAAUUAUCUGAUCAUGAAUUCACAAUAAGUGACAGAAAGGAAAUUAGUGUACUUGAUCAAGAGAAAACGAUGAAGCAAUCAUUGUUAUUUUUAGAAGCUUGUAGAAUUUCAAUUGAUUGGUGCAAGAAAUUCAGCAUGUCACUCAAUAUUGCUAAAUCUAUCUCAAAGCCAAUUAUUCGAAAUAUUUUCUUGACCAUUGCUCCUUUUUCGUUCUGCUUUGUUCUUGAAAAAUGUGUAGAUGAAGAAUCUAUAAAUAUAUUAGAUGUGCUGUUAAAGGAUUUAAUUUCAUAUGGUAUUUUAUCGGCAACUGAAUUGUUAUUGGCUGACAUAGAAUGUAAUGAUAUGACCGAGCAUGUUAUAUCCGAAUUUGCAAUUCAAGAAAGAAUAUCGUUGUGCUGUGUGAGGUAUUCAUUAAUAAAUAUCUUAUCGGCUCUAAAACAUAUCAAAGAGAAAUCAAUCAAGCAGAAAAGAGAAGAUACAACAUUAUUUUUUGAAGGAAAUGAUGAUUAUACGCAUCCUGGGACGAUUAACGAUUUACAUAUAACUCAAAACAUCAUAAAUGUGCUAAAGGCUAGCCUUAUUACCCAGACUGCUAGUUUGAAUUUUUUAGUUUAUAUAUUUUACACUAUUACACAAGCGCUUGUUAUACUAUCAGACUUUUCCAAGUCUGAGGAGAGCUUGUACAUAUUCUUGCUGACAGUUGUUGAAAUGAUAGAAAAAACUUGUAUACGUGGAUUAUCUAAUGAUGAGAAGGAACCUGUUAACACUACCAAAACCGGUAAAAAGCAACGUAAAAAAAAGAACGACAACGUUGCAAAUACAGAAAAUAUGGUAGGAUCAAUAACUGAAGAAUCUACUCUUGUUGGAAUUGAAAAUGAUAAGUUUUCAGAAUGGCGAGUAAGAUUAUUCUUAAGUGGAAUUGAUAAAAUUAAAAAGCAAAGUUGGAGAAAUGCUGUAAAGCAAGUGUUAAAACCUUACGUAUAA